AUGCGUGGACUCAAUCCAAUCUAUGACACAUUAAAAAAAGUGCAUACGAAAGAGGACAUUUGUCCUAACCAUUCUCAACAGGUUUUCUUUCCUAGACCAAACUCUCAACCGCUUGGACUACCUGCCAACUUCACCUCCUUGUCUCAUCUUCUCUUCUCUUCCUUUUUUGUUUCUCAAUUCUUGAAAGUGAGCGAUAAUCAUCAUGGUGGAGUGAUUCUUGUGUUGGCAAGAGUAGUCUUCUUCUCAGCUUCAUCUCCAACUCUAACUCCAUCAAUGACCUCUCCCCCACCAUUGAUCAUGGUUAGGACCAGAGGAUUAGGUCGUGCCUUAGGUCACGUUACUGGCAGAGGAGAUCGUGAUGAUUCCGAUGAUGCUCCACAACGUCAACGACAUACCGCAUCCGCACGGAGGCAGCGAGUACCUGUGACUACGGCGCACGAUGAGCCAGUGCUCCCUACGCCAGAUGUAGAGGCUGACGUAGUUCCGGAUGACCCGAUGGCACCAGCUGAUGUAGAGGACACUGGGACAGACAUUCCUGCAGACAUAGGCACCCAGGCUGCUGAGGAUGAACAUGAGGGAUUUUCGGGGGGUCCGAGCGACCCAUCCGUGCUGACCCAGUAUGCGGAUCAUGUUGCUUGCGGUGUAUGGACGAGAGAGGAGCGUCCUGAGUUGAAGUUAUCCUCUCAUGGGAGGAAGGUCCAUAGUUUAGGCAGGUCUGUCUCUGCCAUUGAGGGACUAGUUGCUGGGACAGGACUAAGUCCUCUGAUCGCGUGUUCAGUAGACACUGGCGAUCGGGGACUUUUGUCCUCGUUUUUCGAGCGGUGGCAUUGGGAGACAUCUAGUUUCCAUCUCUCUGUGGGAGAGGUGACGAUCACGCUAGAUGACGUCUCCUCACUUCUGCAUCUGCCCGUGGUUGGCAACUUGCACAUCUUUCAGCCCUUGCACGUGGAUGAUGCGGUUCUGAUGCUGGUGGACUUAUUGAUGGUCUCUACAGAGGCUGCCAGGGUUGAGACAGGGCAGUUUCGUGGAUCGUAUGUACACCUGCAAUGGUCAGUCCGGGAGGUACGAUUGGGGGUGCAUAUGUACGACCAGCUGAACGAUGCUUCUAUCAGCAGUAGUCGACAACUUGGCGGUUACAUAACACUGCUGCAGUGCUGGAUAUAUGAGCACUUUCCCUUAGUCGCGGAGUCCACUACUUAUCAAGACUACGACGAGGAUUCACCGCGUGCCUGUAGGUGGAUUGCGACGAAGAAGACCGUGAAGAGCAUACAUACAUCGACGUACAGGGAGCGCCUGGACCGACUCCAGAUUCCAGAUGUCUAUUGGAUCCCAUAUGGGAAACACCGACCGGUUCGGGACUUCCAUAUGAUUUCAUGCUAUUCCGGUCUCCUGCACUGGGGGCCUAUUGCUGUGUAUUACUGA